AACAUUUUCUCUUCUUCUUCUUCCUUCUUCUUCUUCUGCUCUUGAUACAUUUCUUUGGACCUUUUCUUUUCUCAAGGAAAGAAAUAAAGAAAACCUAUAGACAAUUAUCCUUAAUAAUGGGAAUCUUUGCUGAAUUUGCAUCGCGUAACUUUUCACUUUAUGCUCAAUGGUUUGGACUGGUGUCGAUUGUGUUAUUGAUUGCACUUGGAGUUGUCUCCUUGAUCAGUAAUCUCGUCUUUGCCAUUAUAGGAUGGGUUAUUGCAUUUAUAUUGGUUUUUGUAGAAGUACCGUUAUGUACAAAGUUCUGUCCUACAAGUCCAAAGUUUGAUGGAUUUGUUUCCACCUUUGAAAAUUCCUACCUCAGAGCAGGUCUUUAUUUGGUCUUUGCAAUUGUCAUGUUUUUGUCCCGUACCAUCAGUACUACCACCCUUAUCAUACCCGGUGUCACGCUUCUCUUGGCUGCAAUUAGCUAUGGUAUCGCUGGAUUCAAGCAACAGCCUCAUGCAAGCACCACAAUGUUGGGUGGUACAGGUGUAGACAAUAUUGUCUAAAGAAAAAUACAAACAACAAUCCUUUUACUGCUUCGCCCUUUUCUUUGCUUUUUCCUUUUUCUUUUUUGUAUGUUUGAUUAUUUAUAUAUAUUUUAUUAAGGUGAAAAUAAAAUAAAAUAAGAUAGAAGAGUAUAAAUGGACAAAGGUUUGUAGACAUGAAAGAAUAGAAGAGGAAGCGAGGUUUAUGUGAAAGGAGGAGAAGAAAAGAUGAAUAAUAUAAAAAAAUGGUACUUUGAUUAAAAGAAUAAAAUAAAGAGAAAGAAAGGGAUUUCGGUAAGUUGCAUAUUCUUCCCUUUUUUUUUUACAUGUCAUCAAACUGGCGAGCAAACUCCUCCAACUCUGCCUUUGUGGCCUUGUACUUCUCUGUCAGCUCCUCGAACUUUUGUUCCUUUUCAAUCAACUCAGCCUCGAGUGCUGCGACCUUUUUCUCAUUAUUGACUGCAUCGAGAUCGGCCUUGUUGUAGUUUGAAGAUGUCUCGGUCAACUUGGACUCUGUGUCAUCGAGUUUCUUCUCAAGGUUCUUGACGCGAGUCUGCAGGGAAGUGAGUUCGUGCUCUUUGGCAGUAAUAUCGGAAGUGAGCUGCUUUUGUCUGGCUUCGAGUUCAUCACCACGCUGUCUGGCAGCUUCGGACUGACCACGAAGGGCUGUUACUCUAUCCUUGAGCUUUUCCAUGAUUUAUGAUUAGUAGAGAAAUAAAGUAAGU